GCGGAGCUUCUUGUUGUCACUCACUCAGUCUGCGGAGGAGUCGCAAUCAAGAAGGACGUCUCGCACAGCCACCGAUACAAACGACGACUUUGACAUUUGCGAAAAACGAAACCGGACGACGAUCUCGCGAUACGUGGUUGUGACGUGCUACAAUUGUUGUACAUAAUCGAAAGAAAUCAACCAUCCAGUAUACGAUUAUUUGUGAUGUGCUCUGUUGUGUUUUCAAACAAAUCCAGUUGCUAGUUUGUAUAUAUUUUUUGUGAUUAGUUAUGAACUAGUGGCAGUGGCCGCCUUCAAAAUUCCUCGAUCACCGAAAAUGACCAGGCGCAAGCAGAACUGCCCGAAACGGAUGAAAUGGGAAGGUGGCGAAGAAGGCUCUCCAGAAGAAGGUGAUAAACUUGAUGGUGAGGAAGACACCGGAUCCAUGACACCUACUUCCGCAGUAUCGCCUGCUCCUCAAGACGAUGAAGCUCAAUCCCCCACUCCUGGUGAUAUGCCUUCACCGGGCACUCCGAGGUCAAUGAAUGAAGAUAAUUGCAGAGAAUCAAACUCCCGCUGUAACUCUCGCGAUUCAGCGGAAUCGCCCAUACCGCCAAGAAGUCCGUCUGCAGAGUCCAUAAUGUCCGAAAGAGCAGCCCUGCUACGCGGUGUCCCCCUGGGAACAUCUUUGAGCCCUGUUGGCGUCACUUUGCCGCCUACGUUACCCGCUGCUGCGGCCGCCGCUUUAUUACCACCUCAGUCCGCCGCCAUGGCCGCCUAUUUCAAUGCCGCCGCCGCAGCCGUUGCCCAGCAAUCGCAUAGAUUGAUGAUGACUUCGCCUCUGCCAGCGAAUUUUAAUAGAGGCUCAAUUUCCCCGCUGGUUUCUUCGUCUUCAUCGCCGCCGGGUUUGAUUAGAUCGCCUAGUGACAUACCCAUGCAGUCGCCAUCGGGUGAUGGUAUUCUGGACUUUAGUAAAAGAAGUCACAGGAGCGAUGCAGGCGAUAGCGAUUCAGAUGUUGUUAAUUUGAGCAAACCUGAUACACCUCCAAGCGGAGAAGUCGGCAAUGGGCCUUUGGAUUUAUCGUUUAGCAGCCGCAAAAGAACUUCCGAAGAAAUUUUGGGACAACCACCUCAGCGUAAACAAAGAACCGAAUACAAACCUCAGAUUCCUCAAUGGCCGGCUUCCUUGGGUGCGUCCCAUCUACCGUACUUCGCUGCUGCUGUUGCAGCUGCUAGCUUGUCUCCCAAAAAUAGCACUCCAGAGUUAUGGAAUGGCAAGCUUAAACAUGUAGGACCCACUCCAAGCGAUGCAACAAAAGCAUUAGAGAAAAUGAGCGAACUGAGUAAACUGGGCGGCGAAGAUUUAUUCCGUACUAUGGCCAAUGCCGCUCCAGGCAACUCGGCUAGCAACCGUCAUAGCGCUUGGCAAUCUCACUGGCUAAAUAAGGGAGCCGAACAAGCUAAAGACGUUUUAAAGUGCGUUUGGUGUAAACAAAGCUUCCCUAGCUUAGCAGCGAUGACAACUCACAUGAAGGAAGCUAAACACUGUGGAGUCAACGUGCCCGUCCCGCCCAUGCAAUCACAAAACUUAACGCCCCAACCUCAAAUUUCAUCGCCUUCGAACACUAACACAAGCACCUCGUCGACGAACUCGUCCAAACCUAACCCAUCCGAUCUGAACAUGUUGAUAAAAGAGACAAUGCCACUACCAAGGAAAUUGGUACGCGGACAAGAUGUAUGGCUGGGAAAAGGUGCUGAACAAACCAGACAAAUCUUAAAGUGUAUGUGGUGUGGACAAAGCUUCAGAUCUUUGGCCGAAAUGACAGCUCAUAUGCAACAAACUCAGCAUUAUACAAACAUUAUCUCUCAAGAGCAAAUAAUCUCAUGGAGGUCUUCCGAUGAUCCGAAAGGUGGCGGUGGAGGUGGUAGUUCCGGAAACAAUCCUCCACCCGGUGGUGCCAGUAGUCACGUCAGCGCAGUUUUGACAUGCAAAGUAUGCGACCAAGCAUUCAGCUCGCUAAAAGAAUUAAGCAAUCACAUGGUUAAGAACUCUCAUUACAAAGAACACAUAAUGAGGUCAAUUACCGAAAGUGGAGGUAGACGAAGACAGACACGAGAAAAGCGCAAGAAAUCCCUCCCAGUACGUAAGCUCUUGGAACUAGAAAGAGCUCAACAUGACUUUAAAAAUGGAGAUAACGCAGGCCUAAUUGAGAAGAUGCGUGACCCUACUGGCGCGGGUAGAAUCACUUGCGAAAAGUGUGGCAAUAAAAUUGAAACAUCUCAAUUUGUCGACCAUAUUAGACAAUGCGUUGGCGGAAUGACUAGUAACCAGAGGAAUUUUCUAAAGAACGCAUUGAUGUCCAACAAUAUUCUACCUCCAGAAAGUCCAACUAGAGACAAAAUCAAAACCGAAAAAUCCCCUUCUCCUCAACAAAGAUCUCCAUCAGUAAGCGAUUUAAGUGCAAAGGAAACCACUACUACAAAUGAAAAUAACAACGCAUCAUCACCAUCUGUUUUGAAUGCCAUUGAGAAGUUAAUUGAAAAGAGUUUCGAUUCUAGAUCCAGGCAAAAUAACGCUUUCCCAGGCCAUACUCCUGCCUCGGCGCCAAUGGGUUCCAGCAUACUCAAACGCCUUGGUAUCGAUGAAAGUGUUGAUUAUACUAAACCAUUAGUAGAUGCUCAAACGAUGAAUCUUCUCAGAAGCUAUCACCAUCAGCAGGGCCAUCAUUAUGGCAGACGUGAAAGGAGCGGCAGUGAAUCUAGUUCAAUUUCCGAGAGAGGGAGUAGUAGGGUAGAUUCUCUUACGCCUGAAAGAAAAAUGGAACCUCCAGGAUUUCCGAUAACUAGCACGCCUAGAUCUACUCCCGAUAUAAAAAGGGAAAAAUCACCCAUGUCAGAAAAAGCUGAGGUUGUUGUAAAAAGGGAAAUCGAAGACGAUGACAUGAAGCAUGAAGUGAAGCGCGAAAUAAAGCAGGAAGUGAAGCGCGAGAUUGAAGACGACGAGGAAGACACACGCUACCCUUCAAACGGCGAUGUCGGCAAGGAUGACGACGAAAAACGCAGUCCCAUGCCUAGUCCUCGUCAACCGACGCCCGUGACCGAUAACGUUCCCGCGAGUCCUUGCCGGAACAGCAAUGCGAGUCCCGCCAGCAGUGACCGUUCAGCCACCCCACGCAGCACAAACGGCGAGCGAAAAGCAGCAGGUGGCGGCAGUUUGGGCGCGUUAAGUUCGAUGUUUGACAGUUUGUCGGGUGCCAACUCGUCAAACGACAACGGUCAACCAACAGGCAAACGAGGCUCCAGUCAUCCGCUAGCCGCACUACAAAAACUCUGCGAUAAGACUGAAACUCAUACUAACAAUCGUGCGCACUCCUCCACCGCUCCUGCAACCUCCAACUCCACUAGUACGGUGACCUCUUCAAGCAGCGGUACCACUCCUGGUGCAAUACUGGCUUUCAGCUGGGCCUGCAAUGACGCAGUGAUGACUUCCGAUUCUAUAAUGAAGUGUGCGUUUUGUGAUACUCCUUUCAUCUCGAAGGGAGCAUACAGACAUCACCUGUCCAAAAUGCACUUCGUGAAGGAUGGCGUUAUACCUGAUCCGGUGGCUUUGAAAUCAUCGCAACCAUCCAGUUCGUCGAAUGCCGGGGUGCCGUUGAAGGGUACAACUUUGGUGCCAAGCAGCUCGAGCGGCUCGGCCUCCGUCGGUAGCAAGAGUCCACCUACACCGGCCGGCUUCGAGGAGAGUCCGCAUUCGAAAUUUCUCAAGUAUACAGAACUUGCCAAACAAUUGUCUAGUAAAUAUGUGUAAAUAGUGUUCAGUAUAAACAUUCCUAUUUUGUAAAAUAUAGUCUUGAAGACGUGACCGCUUUGAGCGGCGUUUUGUGAUGUUAUCAUAUCGUAAAAACCAAUAGUAAUAAAUGUAGUAUAGUGAUACAAUUGUAUAUUCAUUGCGGAACUACAAAAAUCUCUCAAGUGAUUAUGAUUGUUAUACGAGUUUUAAGUCACAAAAUACAUGUAAAUAUUUAUUAUUAAGUCAGUAUUGUAAGAUGUAUACUUUUCAAAGCGGACUAAAUUGUGUGUUGGCAUCUUCAAACUGAAAUCCCACCCCAUCUAUAAAAGAUAAAAUAUUUUAAUGAUUCGUAAGUUAUAAAUGUAAACGUACUGGGGAUUUUAGGUCUUGAGCGAUGUUGAACGCAAAUAAAUCUGUCCUAAACGUUUAGAAAUAAAAAUUAAAUUAGUUGUUGGUAAAUGACCCACCGUACGUUUGGAAAUAUUACAAACUAAAAAUUGUAGUGUAAAAUAUAUUAAUUUAAUCUUGAACAAGUAUUACGUUCUAAUAAAAGUUUCAAAUAAAAAAUACACAAAUACUACGUAUACGUAUAUCGUAAUAUCUCAUCUUCCAAGAAAGUUUUUAAAUAAAUAUUUAUCAAUAAUUAUACUACUGAAUAAUACAAAAGAUGUAUACGCA